CAAACAACUUUUCGGCGUAACUGCCGUCAUUUCCUUUAGUCAACUACUGAAGUUCCUGCUUGAAAAAGUAUCCAGGCGGCUAGCCACGUUUUUAAUGCGGGAUGUGUUGUUAGUUUUUUUUUUUUUUUUAUCCUUGUUACCAAUAAAGUAACAUUAGGAAGGGUGCAGUUGACUUCAUUAGUCGCUAACGUCUAGAAAGUUGUCGUAAAAGAGAAGCGGAUUCGUCGGGAGAAAAUGAGCGGUGGAUUCACCUUUGGGCAGCCCUCUUCGGGCUUUACCUUCGGGACGCCGAAGACCACAGCCUCGGCCCCCACCGCCACCGGCUUCGGGCUGACAACCUCCACUCCUGCUGCCACCGGAGGGGGCUUCACUUUCGGCUCAAACGCCCAGACCCAGAGCUCUACCAACCCCACCGCUGCUUUCAGCUUUGGCGCCCCAGGAAAGAGCACAACAGCUGGCGGGGGCUUCUCUUUUGGGACACCCACAACAACGUUUGGCCUGAAUGCGGCUCCUCAAACCACAGCAGCAGCAUCAGGGUUGACUUUAGGCUCCGCGGCAGCUCCAGCCGCGGGGUCAGGGUUCACUCUGGGUGGAGGUUUAUCUGCGCACACCACCGCCACUGCUCCUGCUGCAGGGGGCUUCACCUUUGGAGCUGCAUCUCAGGCUCAAACCCAACCUCCAGCUACAGCUACAGCUGCACCGGCAGCAACCACAGCCCCGAGUGGCCUCACAUUUGGUGGGUUCAGUUUUGGAGCUACCAAGGUACAGGUGACAUCAGCUGCAGCCUCCACCACCACCACCACCACCACCAGCACAGGUGGAGGCUUCAGCUUCAGCAGCGGUGCUCCUUCCAGCCUCGCCCAGCCAACCUCCACCACUGCUGCCCCUACAGCCCAGGGCGGAGGGUUUACCUUUGGAAUAAAACCAUCAUCAACCCCAGCUCCUCCUGCAUCCACCCAGGCUGCCCCAUCUUUGGGGCCUUCUCUCUUUGCUCAGCCUAUCACUACAGCUCCUGUCACUGCAGCAGGUACAGCCUUCACUUUGGGUGCUGCUCCAGCUUCAGCAGCAAGCACUUCUGCUGCGACGACCACAGCUGCUGGUGGAGGUUUGGCUUUUAUGCUCAAACCUCUGGGGUCAGCAACCACCACAGCUGCCCCAGCCUCUACUGCCACAGCUGCAGCUGCCACAACGGGUGCUGCUACAGGCUUUACACUGGGACUCAAACCUGCAUCCAGCACAAGCACCACAACAGCUGCUACGGCCACCACUACCACCACCACCAGCACAGCUCCUCCAGUGAUGACCUACGCCCAGCUAGAGGGGCUCAUUAACAAGUGGAGUCUUGAGCUGGAGGACCAGGAGAGACAUUUCUUACAGCAGGCCACUCAGGUGAAUGCCUGGGACCGCAUGCUGGUGGAGAACGGAGAGAAGAUCACAUCCCUGCAUAAGGAAAUGGAGAAGGUGAAGCUGGAUCAGAGGAGGCUGAACCAGGAGCUGGAUUUUAUCCUGUCCCAACAGAAGGAGCUGGAAGAUCUGCUCUGUCCCCUCGAAGAGUCGGUGAAAGAGCAAAGUGGAACCAUCUACAUGCAGAAUGCAGACGAGGAACGUGAAAGAACAUACAAGCUUGCUGAGAACGUGGACGCACAACUAAAGAGGAUGUCACAGGACCUGAAGGAGAUCAUUGAGCACCUGAACACAUCCAGCGGUCCAGCAGACACCAGUGAUCCACUUCAACAGAUCUGUAAAAUCCUCAACGCCCACAUGGAUUCACUUCAGUGGAUCGACCAGAAUUCGGUUCUCCUGCAGAGAAGGGUCGAGGAAGUGUCCAAACUGUGCGACACCCAGCGAAAGGAGCAGGAGAAAACCUUCCGAUUAACAUUUGACUGAUCUGCAGUAAAUAUGUUUGCUUAUGUGGUGACAUAAUGCUUAUUUGUUUUUUUUUUUUAACUCCAGUCAGAAGGAUUAGGAGUUAAGAUGGUGUGGAUUCACCUUCAUUUACAGUUUCUGUUUCCGUGCAGUUGUUCUGAGUUUUCUUACUUGCGUAAAGAUUGAUAUUUUCAAUGCAUUUGCCUGUAGACUAGUGGAGAUGAUCAUCUCUUUCUAUGUAAAUUGUUAUGCGUGGUCUAAAAAGUGUGAUUAAAUAAAUUUUUGGAAU